AUGAAGGGGAUCGAACUUCAGCUGGUUACUGCCUGCAGCUCUCGCGAUUCCACGCUGGCGUAUCUGCUCGGGAGUCUUUGGAGAACGCUUCUUGGCAUCUUUGAGACCCUCUUUCCUGGCACUAUCGUAAAGAUGUUCGACGAGCCAGACGUACUGAUCAUCGAUGUUGUCGUUACCGGACAAACCAAAACUAGCAAAUAAAGCGAAGUGAUCUCAGUUAACAACAGUCUCGAGGCUUCCUUUCCUAAACCAAUGUCGUCUUGA